CAUCAUCCAGUUCGGUUUUGUCACUUAAUCGGAACGGAAAAUUUUCACUUUAUUAGCAUUUGUGCGUACAAUUUGAUAGUUUCUAUCAAAUUCAAUCAAAUCUUCUCAGUGAAAAAGUUAUUCGACUUCAUAAUUUUGAGGAACAGAUAGUUUUGAUCAAAUAAUAUUCCCAAAAUGAGUUCGGUUAUGGAUGAUUUAACAAAGGAACAAAUUGCGCUUUUGCGCAAUGCGUUCAAUGCCUUCGAUCCAGAAAAAAAUGGCUACAUCAACACUGCUAUGGUUGGCACCAUUUUGAGUAUGUUAGGUCACCAACUCGAUGAUGACACAUUAGCUGGCAUUAUUGCUGAAGUCGAUGAGGAUGGUUCCGGACAGAUUGAAUUCGAAGAAUUUACAACAUUAGCUGCCCGCUUCUUAGUUGAAGAAGAUGCAGAAGCUAUGCAGGCGGAGCUUAAAGAGGCUUUCCGUUUGUAUGACAAAGAAGGCAAUGGCUAUAUCACAACUGGUGUCUUACGUGAAAUUUUGCGUGAAUUGGAUGAUAAACUAACUAAUGAUGAUUUGGACAUGAUGAUUGAGGAAAUUGAUUCUGAUGGAUCUGGCACCGUGGACUUCGAUGAAUUCAUGGAAGUCAUGACCGGGGAAUAAAUAUAACAACUGUUAGGACCACCUGCGCCGUACGAGCAUCCAAAUUUUGAGUUAGGAAACUAUUUCGGUCACCUACACACACAUAUAAACAU